CCCACACUUCUCCAACCCGGGAGUUGAUCUCCCUUUCAGUUUUACGAUCAUUCUUACUCUGCUCGUGAAAUGUACUUGAUUGAUUUGCUUCUGUGACGUGACCUGUGCUGCAACAGUCCAGGACUUCGUGGGAACGUGGCUGCCUUUGUAACAAAGAAGCGAACCAUUCCAUCUCGAAGAUGACAUUCUCCUACGGCAUUGACCACCUCGAGCCCGCCUUUGACGAUCGUGACAUCCCGUACAUCACCUGGGGGCUGCGCUUCGACGAAGCCUGCGCGUACCACAUCGCCAACACGGUCAAAGCCAGCCGGGUCUACAUCAUCGCGUCCAACUCGCUGUCGAAGAACACCAAUGCGCUGAAACGGCUCCAAGACGCCUUGGGCGACAAGGUCGUGGGACUGAGGAUCGGCAUGACCCCACACACGCAUUGGAACGAGGUCCUGGAGAUUGCGCAGGACGCGGCGCCCAAGAACCCGGACUGCAUCGUGACGCUGGGCGCGGGAUCGCUCACAGACGCGGCCAAGGUGAUCGCGUGGAUGCUCGCCAAUGACAUCACCACGUCCGAGGGGUUGGAGAAGUUGUUUGCCGAAGGGCGAAAGACGUUCAAGGAUCCCGUGAUCCGCCACGUCGCCAUCCCCACGAGCCUGUCCGGCGGCGAGUACCAGUCGAUCGCGGGGGUGACGAGGGACGACGGCAGCCACCAGAAGUGCCUCUUUGAGCCGCCCACGCGGAAUCCGAGCAUCGUGGUGCUCGAUCCGGAACUCACCACCACCACGCCGGCGCGGAUCUGGCUGAGUACCGGCGUGAGGGCCGUGGACCACUGCGUCGAAACGCUGUGCAGCCUGCUGUCGAACGACAAAGGCGAUGCCGAGGCCGAAAAGGGGCUGCUGAAACUGGUCCCGGCCUUGAUUCGGACGCACAAGGACCCUGGCGAUCUGGAUGCCAGGUACGAGACGAUGCGGGGCGUGAUUCAGGCCAUGAGCGCCGUGGGGAGCGGCGUGCCCCUCGGGGCAAGCCACGCGAUCGGGCACCAGUUGGGGCCCCUGGGCGUCGGCCACGGAGAGACCAGCUGCAUCAUGUUACCGGCGGUCUGCAAGUGGAACGAGAAAGUCGGCGCCAAUGUCGAACGACAGGCUUAUUGCAAACAGGUGUUGCUCCGCUCGCCUGUAGUGAAGGAGUUGUUGGAAACCAAGUACGGUUCGGCACCGGGGACUCUCGAGAAGCUCGACCUGGGGGACGUUUUGGACGUGAUAUUCCGAGAGAUCAGCAUGCCGCGGACGUUGAAGGAGGUGGGCGUCGGGAGAGACAAGCUGGACGGAUUGGCGAAGAACAGUCUCAGGGACCAUUGGAUCCAGACGAAUGCGAAGCCCAUCACAGAGAAAGAACAGGUCAUGGAGAUAUUGGAGAUGGUUGUCGAAUGAAGGAUUGGCCUUGCUGUCUGUGCUGCCCAGUAGACAGGAAUCUAGGGACAAAUCUUCUUCGGUUAUGGACGUAAAUCGCCGUCAACAGAUUACCCCCGCAGCCUUUUCCCCGCGAUAUUCCAG